UGUGUGUGUGUGUGUGUGUGUGUGUUCAGACGCGCGCGGUGUGUUUCACACUUCGCGGUUACGCGCGUGGGAGUCGGAGUGGGAGGAUUGUCUCGAGCACUGACUGACUGACUGGCUGCUGGCGCGAGGGAGAGGGAGAGUGCGGCGAGCACCAGCGGAUCGGACAGUGUCGGUGUGUGUGUAUGUGUGUGUAUAUAUAUAUGUGUGUGUGUGUGUGUGUGUGUGUCUCUGCGCGAGACGUUAAUACCUAGAGGACAGGCUCGCGGUGCUCUCGGCGUUUUCAUCGCAGCGGCAGCAGCAGCAGCAGCUCGUGCGUCUACAAACCGAAAUUACUGAGGACAACUCGCGCGCCUGUGUGCGUGCGGGUGUGUGUGUGUAUGUGUGUUUGUGUGUGUGUGUGUGUGUGUGUGUGGAUCUAUUCCGUGCACAUACAACUGUAACCGGACAGCGCGCGACCUUUAACGGAUCAUGGGGAGGAACUGAGCGCGUGCGACAGGUUACAAACACUAUUAUCGUCGUACACCAUCCUCAACCUGCAGGUUGCCAUAGCAACGCCCUCAUGCCCCAGGCGCCAUGGCCUAUCCAGCGAUUUCCGGAACUACUGGAACUAUCACCUGUAUGUGUGUGUGUGAGUGUGAAAUGUGCGUGAACAGCGGCAAGCCGGAGUUGUGACGCACCUGAGUGGCACACACACACACACACACACACAUACACACACACACACACACACACACGCACAUGCACACAGGCAUGUGCAGGUUCUUAACACACACUCACAUCUGCUGCUUAAAACCAUCUGCCUUAUUGUGUCCUUCUUACAAUCCUAAAAUGGCUUCUUCCCCUCACCCUCGAGCACACACACUCUUAACACGCACGGCUAACACACGCUGCUGCGUCUGGAAACCGGUGUUGUUGACAUCGUCGUGUUUGUCCUCGCUGAGAGGCAGAAAGACAGGAGAAUAGAGACAACUUUUUUUUUACUUCUGUCCAUCCUUAUUUUUUCAAAAUGGCCGCCUCUCUCUAAUCCCCUGCACCGUAGAGGUGAAAAAGGAGCAGAGCGAACACUUGAACUUUGAGAACGUUCAGUCACCUGAUGAACCAUCAUCGUUUUUGCAGCCGCAGCUACAACUAUUAAAGAGAAAUUUUAAGGAGGACAGAUUUUUUCCAUCCAUCUUGGUGCACUACAUGUUUUUUUUUCUCAAAAUGGACGCCAUUGUGACCGUCCUUGCUGUUGUGACUGGGAAAGUACAAUCUUGUUAAAGAGAAAGAAAGAAAGUUUUCUCAAAAUGGCUGCCGCUUUCCUUCCCCUCUUCCUGGUUCUGAUGUCUGUCCCGCUUGUCCUAUCCUCCCUCCAGUCAAACGAACGUCGCGUGGUGGCCUACGUGCCUGGCGACUUGAUCAUUGGUGCUCUGUUCUCCGUCCACCACCAGCCGGCGGCAGACCGCGCCCACGAGCGCAAGUGCGGUGCUGUGCGUGAGCAGUACGGCAUCCAGCGCGUCGAGGCCAUGAUGCUGACGCUCGACCGCAUCAACGCCGACCCGGACAUCCUGCCCAACGUCACGCUCGGCUGCGAGAUACGUGACUCCUGUUGGCACUCUGCUGUCGCGCUCGAGCAGAGCAUUGAGUUCAUACGUGACUCGCUCAUUGCUGCCGAGAGCCCCACAUCAGCUCCACUCGAACCCGUUUCCGAAGACAUGGCAACUGGGGGUGGGGUUAAGUGUUCAGAAGGCCUGCCCCCCAAGGGGAAGAAGCCCAUCGUGGGCUUGAUUGGACCUGGCUCGAGCUCGGUGGCCAUUCAGGUGCAGAACCUGCUGCAGCUGUUCAACAUCCCUCAGAUCGCUUACUCGGCCACCAGCAUGGACCUGAGCGACAAAUCACUGUAUAAAUACUUCAUGAGGGUCGUACCAUCUGAUGCGCAGCAGGCCAGAGCCAUGGUGGACAUCGUCAAACGCUACAACUGGAGUUACGUCUCCACCAUUCAUACAGAGGGUAACUAUGGUGAAAGUGGAAUGGCGGCAUUUAAGGAGAUGGCUCUGAAAGAAGGGAUCUGCAUCGCACACUCUGAUAAGAUCUGGAGUAACGCAGGCGAACAGAGCUUUGACCGUCUGCUGGCGAAGCUGCGCGGUCGUCUACCCAAGGCGCGCGUGGUGGUGUGUUUCUGCGAGGGCAUGACCGUCCGCGGCAUCCUCAUGGCCAUGAGACGCCAGAACCUCGCCGGGGAGCUCAUGCUCGUUGGCAGUGACGGAUGGGCGGACCGUUAUGACGUGACUGACGGAUACGUGCGUGAGGCAGCAGGUGGGAUCACAAUAAAACUGCGAUCCUCAGACGUGAAGUGGUUCGACGAUUACUAUUUAAAAUUACGUCCUGACAACAAUCUGCGCAAUCCGUGGUUCCCCGAGUUCUGGCAACAUCGCUUCCACUGCAGACUGAAGGGUCAUCCUCAGGAAAGCCCUAACUACAACCGGACCUGUAGCAAGCGUGAUUCAUUGCGGCAGCAGUACGCUCAGGACACUAAGAUGGGUUUUGUAAUAAACGCGAUCUACAGCAUGGCCUAUGGGCUUCAUAAGAUGCAGAGAGCUCUCUGUCCUGGUAUGGCAGGACUCUGUGAUGCCAUGCGGCCAAUCGACGGUUCCAAACUGCUCGAGUUUCUCAUGAAGACCAACUUCACAGGUGUCAAUGGAGAGAACAUCUACUUCGAUGAGAAUGGAGAUUCGCCGGGAAGCUAUGUGAUCAUGAACUUUAAGAAAAUGGGGAAAGAUUACUACGACUACACUAACGUGGGCAGCUGGGACAUCAGCGGCCUGCAGAUAGACGAUGACGAAAUCUGGCCGAACAAAGACAGCAUCAUUAAGUCGGUCUGCAGCGAGCCCUGCGAUAAAGGACAGAUCAAGGUGAUCCGUAAGGGCGAGGUGAGCUGCUGUUGGACGUGCACCCCCUGUAAGGAAAACGAGUUUGUGUUUGACGAGUACACGUGCCGAGCCUGCGAACUCGGAUCCUGGCCUACUGAUGACCUCACAGGUUGUGACCCAAUUCCGGUCGAGUAUCUGCAUUGGGGCGACCCGGAGCCGAUCGCUGCGGUGGUUUUCUCCUGCCUCGGUCUCCUGGUGACGUUCUUCGUGGCAGCCGUGUUUGUGGUGUACCGCGACACGCCUGUCGUGAAGUCGUCAAGCCGUGAGCUCUGCUACGUCAUCCUGUUCGGGAUUGGCCUGGGCUACAUCUGCACCUUCUGCCUGAUCUCUAAACCACGCAUCAUUUCCUGCUUCCUGCAGCGCCUCGGUGUCGGCCUGGCACCCGCCCUGAGCUACUCAGCUCUCGUCACUAAAACCAACCGCAUCGCUCGCAUCCUAGCAGGCAGCAAGAAGAAAAUCUGCACCAAGAAACCGCGCUUCGUUAGCUCCUGCGCCCAGCUAGCCAUUUCCUCCUUCCUGGUCAUGGUGCAGCUCGGCAUCAUCGUCACGCUGCUCGUCCUGGAGCCACCAGACGUCGUCUUCCACCAUCCGUCCAUCCGAGAGGUCAGGCUCAUCUGCAACACUAGCAACCUAGGCGUAGUCGCGCCGCUUGGCUACAACGGCGUGCUAAUUCUCAGCUGCACCUUCUACGCAUUCAAGACACGCAACGUGCCGGCGAACUUUAACGAAGCCAAGCACGUGGCGUUCACCAUGUACACCACGUGUGUCAUCUGGCUGGCGUUCGUUCCCAUCUACUUCGGCUCGGACUACAAGAUUGUGACGACGUGCUUCUCUGUGAGCCUGAGUGGCACCGUGGCACUCGGCUGCAUGUUUGCGCCAAAAGUCUACGUCAUCCUGGCCAAGCCUGAGCGCAACGUACGGAGCGCCUUUACCACCUCUACAGCCGUGCGCAUGCAUGUGGGGCGGGGCAAGAAGACACCGCCGCCCACCAGCAGCCUCGCCAACCUGUGGAAGAGACGACCCUCAUCCGGGGACACGCUCAGCUCUAACGGUAAGUCGGUGACGUGGGCUCAGACGGAGCGCAACUCCAAAGGUGGCCACUUGUGGCAGCGUCUCUCCUUCCACAUCAAAAAGCGCGAGAACAACCAGACGGCCGUGAUCAAGCCUUUCUCCAAGGCGUCGGAGGAUGUCACGCCUGAAAGCGCUACCGAUAAAAUGCUUUACGAAGUCGCAGAGAGCGAGGAGCGAUAUCCAAUUACGUAUCGGCCGCAGACUCCGUCACCAAUCAGCACCGUGAGUCAGAGGACGGGAGAAAUUCUAGGGCGGAGCCAAGGCGCUGAUGAUGAACAGAUCAUUAGCGUUUCCUCGUACGUCAGCCAAUCGUCCCGUAGAGAAAGCGGAUCGUGUGUGGGAGGGAUAGGAUCUGGUGGGGGCGUGGUUGUGAGCGGAGCCAUGGGAGUCGGAGGCGGGAUCUCUAGCUCAUCACAGGGCUCGCUAAUGGAGCAAAUCAGCUGCGUUGUGAACCGUUUCACAGCUAAUAUCAGCGAACUAAACAGCAUGAUGCUCUCAAGUUCACCACCGCGCCCUGCUAAAGUCCCGCCCCCUUACUUCCUGUCCCGAGACAUGUCCAUGCCUGCCACCAUGACGACCUAUGCUGAAAUUCAACCCCUUCCACCUGUGGAGUCAAACGGAGGUCGUCCAUCCACUUCCUGCCCUCUCGGAGGUCCUUCGGGCGUUAAAGAGAAGAUUUUGGAAACAACGGUACACGAGUCGCAGGCUUCUAAAGGGGAAAUGGAGGAAAUUAUCGCGCUAACACCCCCCUCGCCGUUUAGAGAUUCUGUGGCUUCAGGAAGCAUCUCGAAUUCUCCUGCCUCUGGAUCAUCACCCAAAUACGAGUGCUUGGUACUGCGGCACUACAGCCAGAGCUCCUCGUCCUUAUAAGGACCUUGGACGAAAGAAAGUGGCGAGAAUAUUAAUUCGAGAUAUGUGAUAAUGGUUUUCUGGUGUGUGUGUUUACAUGUUGUCGCUGUUGAAUUUGGCAAACAGCCAGAGCUCCUCGUCCUUAAGAGGACUGUAGAGACAGAACAGAUGAAAUGAGGGAAUGAGGGUGGAGAUAAUAAUAAUAAAAAAAACGCUGAGAUUGAGGAAUAACAGCAUCUUAGAGAGGAUAUAAGGACCUUAGAGAUGAGAAAAGGAGAAAGGAGGGGAAUAUGCAGAUGGGAACUGAUGAAAGAGGAGGGUAACGCUAAAAUCAAUGAAUAAUGGCGUCCCAGAGGAUGUAAUACAAACAAACACAAGUGCGGAACUACAGCCAGUGCUCUAGGACCUUAGACUCAGGCAAGAGGGAUGGAGUGAUAUCGAAAUGAUGAAUAAUAUCUUGGAAGAAGAGAUAUGAGUUAAUACAUAUGCAGUGUUUAUUUUGCGUAUUUGUAUGUUUGUGCCAUUCACCUGACAAUGAGAGACAGAUAUUACAAAAACUACUGAUCUUAUAGAUGUAGAGUUGAAAAAAAAGAGGGAACGAGGGUGCGGAAGUACAGAUGAAAUGAUAUGUAGGAAGUGAAACACUGAAAUUUGUAUAUCCUGAAGGAAAUAUACAGUGCUUGCAAGGAGCUAGAAGUGAUGGAGUGAUGAAAGUAAUAAAGGAAGGAAAGAAGGAAGGAAGGAAGGAAGAAGGAAUAGAGCAUGGAAGGAAGUUAGAAGGGAAAUAAAAAGGAAGGAGUUAAGCAAAGGGAGGGAGUGACAAAUAAAGAAAUAAAGACAAGAAGGCAACAGAAGUGAAAGAAAGAAGGAAAGAAAGAAAAGGGGAAGGAGAGAUAAUGUGAGAAAAGCAGACAGGAAAUAUACAGAGAGAGAAAGAGGAAGAUUCAGAGUAAAACCUGGGAAAAAUAGAAAAACAAGAAGGAAAGAAAAAAAAAGAAAGGGAAGGCGGGGCCUACAGGGUGCACUUGCACUGUGCGUAACACUGAUUGGUUGCCUGUGAAGCCUGUUAUGACGUCAUGACAUGGCAGCUGGAAUUCAAAGAGAUGGACAUUUCCAUCUUUCGAUAUUUUUCAAUGGAAAAAAAAUUCAAACUGAAUGAAAAGGGAAGGAAUAACGAUGUGCUCGCCUUGCAAGCACUGUAAUAACAGCUUCCUAGACGCAUCAAAGACAUCUGAGUGAGUUUUACUGUUGAAUUUAGCCAAGAAAGGAAGAGAGAUUGACCUCGUUGUCAGAAGGACCUUAGAGACAGAAUAGACAGAAUAAGAAAGGGGAUAAUACUUUAAGAAGUAAGAAAAGUGUAAAAGUGAUGAAUCACUCCUUUCUGAAGUAGAUAUAAGGAGCUCUUUACCAUCUUUAUAAUGAUCGUAGAGUUCAGAGAAUUAUAAUAAUAGUAAUAAUAAUAAUAAUAAUAAUAAUAAUAAUGAGAUAUGAAUAUGAGCUAUAUUGGUCCUGCAUGUCAUGGUAUGACUAUGACCAUAGACAUAUAAAAAAGGAAAGAAGGGUGGAGAUAUUCAAAAUCAAUCAGUGACGAACAUAGAGUUGCGGAAAGAUGUAGGAAGUGUAAUAGAACUGUUCUGAAAGGCACCUAGAGAGGGUAAAAGAAGGGAGCAGGAGUAAUGCUAUUAAUUAAUGGAAAUGUAUGCGAAAGGUGAAAUAUACCAGUGCUGAACAGAUGAAUAAUGGAGUCCUUGUUCCCCAAAGUACAAUGUAAAUGUAUGCAUCAAAGGUACAAUGAAAUUCCUUAAGGUCCAAUUAUGUACCUUUGAUGAGUUACCUUUCGUAGGUCAUGGGGUAUUUAACUAAAAUUUAUGAAGGUCCACAUUCCUUGCUUACGAAGUUCCGGAUAAACAGCUCACAUGACUGAAUGGCAACAGCAAUGACCUUUUAAUGCUUAACCAUUAAAAUGAUGAUUACUUUAUAGUUACAAUAGGAAUAACCUAGUGAAGAGACAAAUCCGAACAACUGACUCGAAUGAUUCCUCGAAGCAAUCCUAUGGUAUGUCUCGUCAGACGUUUCUUCAGUUCCCCACGCACAAUUUUAGGUUGUACCUGCUAUUAGUUCCCAUUUACUGUUUACGCAAAAAUGGAGAAAAGCUUAUAACUGCGGUUGCAUCUUAUCCUGUCAUAUAUGACUUAACAUUAAAUGUGUAUAGAGACAUUGCAAAGCUUGGAUGGAUGUAGCAGAGAGCCAUCGUGCCUCUGGUGAGUGUAUGUAGCUAGUACAGUUAGCUAAUCUGCCAAUUAAGAUAAUACGAAGCCUAGCAUUUAACGUCAAUCAAACCGAAAUACAUUUUUUUAAAAAAGUGGUGUGUAUUACUCGUAGUAGACUAUACAUUCUUAGAACUAAAAAACACUGGACAGGCCACGCCCACAAGCGACAACACGCCCAAAAGAGACAAACUAGUGUCUUGUCACUUGCUAGUGUGAACGUAGGGUAAAUAAGACAUUUCAAAGUGUUUUUUAAGUUUAGCACUUCCACUAGAUUCCACUAGAAACAUUGAUUAUUGAAUCAACAAAUACAAUUAACGAGCCAUGUCGUCAAAAUAUAUAUAAAAAAUAGCUAGUCUGUGGUUGUAUGAGCUGCCUUCAGCUAAAUAAUUUACAGAAUUUCAUGUGAUUGGAUAAACUACACGAUCUGCUACGGAAACCGAGCUACAGAUACAUUAUUUUCUGGUUCAGUAAAUAAUUGGUUCGGUCCACUGAAUUACUCCACCAUGUGACGAACCCUUCUAUAGAUCCUCACACUAAAGGUAUAAAGACAUUUGAAGGUACCACCACCCCAAUAACGUCCACAUUAGAAUAAUGGAUUACUAGAGCGGGGCUUUACAUGUUCUUGAUGUAAAUUUCAGUCAGUAGAGGGCGCUAUUAUACAGCUAGCACAGAGCAGAGAGCGUGGAAAUACUCAUUCGAGACAUAAGAAAGGUGUGUGAUGCUGAAAUGGAUGAAUAAUGGUGUACAGAGAUGGAGAAAGGGUAUUACAAGAAAAAAGGUUGUAACGCUGAAAUAUAUGGAGAAUUGAUUCCGAGAUGGAAUACAAGAACCUCCCUUGUCCUUACGAGGACUGCAAAUAGGACGAGUGUCACAGACAUUCAGUAUUUAGUGUGCGUGUUUACAUGUUUUCACUGUUACAUUCGACCAAACGUAGAGGCUACUGAAGCAUCUUAAAGCUUCAAGACUUUCUAUGGACAUGUGACAUGAAAUAAUGUUUUUUUUUGUUGUUGUUGUUGCUGUUUUGUUUGGUAGUGGCCUUAAAUAUACACGGCUCUCAUCUAAUUAGAAAUAUUUUUAUGAAGUGUUUACUCUGUGUGUGUGUGUAUGGGAUAAUGGGGACCAGAAAACUCACAGUGAUAUGAGGACCAUCCCUCCAAAGCUGGCGUCAGGCAUGGAGUAUAGAAAGGGCUGAGAAACACUUAAAACUGGAAAGUGUACACACACACACACACACACACACACACAUACAAAUGGACAAGUUGAAACUAAGGACUUGCUUUAGCUGCACUUGGGCUCGAGGACCUGACCUAACAGACUCUGCACAAAGUGCUUUGUUUUAUUUCCUGCAAAAUCCUGUAAAUAUACGGAAAUGACAAUUUGU